GUAGGAUAGGAGUAUCCUAGUUAAACAAGGAUAUGCAUGACUCCUAUAAAUAAUAAAUACAACAAAUCCUCUCUCCCUCGACGAGAUAAAAAAGGAAAAACUCAACAACAUAAUAUGCCGGUCCGGCGGUGUUCUCUAUUGGAUCCCUCUAUAUGGGAGCAUCUAUUUACUGGUGGUGAUUCCGACUCCGACUCCGAUGAACCCUUACCCCAACCUCAACCCUUAUCUUCUGAUUCUUCUGAGUCCGACUUAGAAAUCAGCAUGAAGCCCAGUACUACUACUAUCCCACGACCCCGAACCACCUCAGCAAGUAAGGCGAGUGAAGAUCAAGAGCAGAUUAAUCUUCGUAGUGAUUCUGACUCCGAUUCUUCUGAUGCUGAUGAUGAUUCUGAUUUUGAUUCCAAGGUAGACCAACCCUUAUCCCGGCGUCAGUGCCCUUCCAAUUCCAAUACUUGUGAUUCUUCCUAUUCUUUUGACUCCGGCUUACAGUUCACCAUGAAGCCGACUACUACUACUGCGGAUGAGCCGAGUAAGGCUUCAGGUCCUCCUCCUCACAAGUGGAGUCAAGAAGAGCAAAUAAGUCUUCUUCAUGAUUUGAUUGUGUUCAAAUCUCAACGUGAAAAACACAUUCAUGAACCCUGCAUCUUCCCCGGCCAUAUCUAUAAAAAAUUGGAUAUCCAAUUACCUGAGAUAACUGAGGAGAUUAAUAGAUUGAACGCCAAGUUUUGUGAUAAUAUGGACAAGCCGAACCCUCCUGACGAUUUAGUGUUUUAUCUUUCGAAGAAACUAUGGGGUACUCAACUUAUGAAGAAAAAAAUGGAUCUUCACUCCAAGUAUCCCAUUUUGGCUGCAACUUUUGACACACGUUAUUUGUCAUCAAUUCAGAGGAAUAUCGAUUUGAUUCCAUCUAAAAAAUUGAGGGAUUUAGAGAAAGAAUUGAAGAAGCUGCAGGAUCAAGAAGCCAAUAUCAGUCGAAAAAGAGAAAAGAUUAUUAGGGACAAUUAUAGAUGGUUGAGGAAAUUGGACCAAAAAGAAUGUAGUUGAUGCUUGUGUUGGAGAUUAUUCUUGUUUUUUUUUUGUUUUUUUAAAGAUUUGAGAUUAAAAUGGAGUUGCUGCUUAUUAGGCAAUAGUUCUAUGGAGCUUUUUGAUUAAUUAUUAGUAUUCUUUUUAAGAGAUACUAAUUUUAGCAUCAAAGUUUUGUUUGUUUUGCACCUACCUAUUAAACAUAACACACAAGUUCUCAAAAACUAGUAUCUCUAAAAAAGAAUACUAAUAAUUAAUCAAAAAGCUCCAUAGAACUAUUGCCAAAUAAGCAGCAACUCCAUUUUAAUC